CAAGGAAGCAAUCCUGCAGCUAGCUAAUGCCCGCGACUUUGCUGACAGCUAGUGGGGGUGAAGUCCGAAACAAAAUUUGAAGACGUUUAUGAUCACAGUUAGCUAGCUUCACGUCCUGUGGCUAACUUUCGGUACAUUCAGCAAGGACUGUCUACUCGCUCUUGUCUUUCUGCUAAUACUAUAAGAUCCAACGAAGCUUGCCUGGCCAGUGUAGCUGGCUAGCUAGCAUUCUCCUUGUCGACGAGUGUGUGGGCUGUCUGCAUUCCUGUGUUGAGUUUUUGACAGAGGACUUUUCACUUAUUUUGUCUUUCGCCCUAACGGUGGGUGACUGUCCUAGGUAGCUAGCAAGGACAUUGUUCACCCAGUCACUUUUCAUGCUAGGCUUUUGAAUAGAGCGCUACGUAAGAUAACUAUCUAGCUAGGUGGUUAGCUAACGGCGCUUUUCGACUGUCAUACUUUUCUCUUGAGUUUUUGACACAUCGCAUCGGACUAGCUGUAUCAUGGGCACAAACACAUUAACAAUUAGCUAGCUAACUAGCUAGCUUAAGAUUUCAUGUUAUUCUGGAGAGGCUGCAACUCCAAGAUUCCAGACCUUUUCAUCCAAGAUUUCCCCCCACACCUUCCCCACAAAGCCCCACUCCCUCUCCCUGACCCCUCAUAAUGUUGGAGGGACUUGUUGCCUGGGUACUCAACACAUACCUAGGCAAAUAUGUCAGCAACCUAAAUACAGACCAGCUCUCCAUCGCCCUCCUCAAAGGGGCGGUGGAGCUGGAGAACCUUCCCUUAAGGAAAGAUGCCCUCCGAGAGUUUGAUCUGCCCUUUGAGGUCAAAGCAGGCUUCAUUGGGAAGAUCACACUCCAGAUCCCGUUCUACCGGCCCCACAGUGACCCCUGGGUCAUCUCUAUGUCCCAGCUCAACCUCAUCAUCGGCCCGGUCCGACCCCAGGAGUAUGACAAGGAGACGGAGAGGGAGGACGAGCGCGAACGCAAGAAACAGCUGCUCAAGGCACUAGAGGACAAGUGGAAGAGCGAGUGUGAACAGAAAGGAGAGUCCUACUGGUACUCUGUCACUGCCUCUGUAGUCACCAGGAUCGUGGAGAACAUUGAGCUAAAGAUACAAGAUGUCCACUUGCGAUUUGAGGAUGACUUGACCAACCCAGGGAAGCCAUUUUGCUUUGGUGUCUGCAUCAACAACGUAUCUGCACAGAACUCUUCAAUAGAACCGGCACAAAGGCUCAUGCGGCAAAAGCAACUGGAGAUUAAAGAAUUCAGCGUCUAUUGGGACACAGUGUCGAGCAUGUUGGGCGAUCUCCCCGCCAAUGAGAUUCAGGAGGCCAUGACCAAGUGCAUGCAGAGCCGAGAGCACCAGUAUAUCUUUGAGCCGGUGUGUGCCUCGGUGCUGCUGAGGAGGAAUGCCUCCAAGGAGCCUCUGAGGUCUCGUAACGUGCCCCGCAUCGAGGGCCAGGUUCAGCUGAAGCCUCUAUCCCUACGACUGUCACAGGUGCAGUACCAGCAGAUCAUGGCCUUCCUCAAAGAGCUGGACCGCAGGGAAAGGGAGAUGAUGUUCCGCCAGUGGAGACCCAAAGUCCCCGUCAUCGGAAACUGCCGGCAUUGGUGGAAUUUUGCCAUCCAGGCCAACCUGAGUGAGAUUCGAGAGCAGAGGCGGAGGAACUGGGAGUUUGCCCUGCAGAGGGCACGGGACGCCCAGCUUUACACCAACCUCUACUUCCAGAGGCUUAAAGGAGCCCCCCUCACCCCCCCGGAGGAGUGUGAAUUGCAGAGAGUGGAGGAUGAGCAGAAUCUGGAGGAGUUGCAGAGCCUUAGGGGAGUUGUCCACGACUGCUUCCGCAAACAGGAGGAAAUCGCAGAGAGUGUGAGAGAACCUAUCGCUGAGAGCCCACCACCCUGUUCUCCCACAGAGAGCUCCAUCCCCAAGAGUGGCAGCUCUGGCAUGAUCCAGUACCUGCAGUCUUGGUUCCCUGGCUGGGGCGGCUGGUACGGAGCGUACCCUGAGACGGGCCCUGAUGAGCUCCUACCAGGCCCUGGCACCUGGGAUAUGUUGGAGGAGGAUCUGUUUGACCCUCUGGAGGACUCUCAGACCCUCAACACCUUCACCAGGAGAGACCACCUUUUUGCCCGGCUAGAGUUCCAACUGGAGAAGGGAGCCGUCACCCUUUUCCACCAAGACAAGAGGGGAGCUGAGAGCGGCGUCAUCGAGUUGAAGUUCUCAGAGGUGAAGGUGGGAGUGGAGUCUCUGCCCCGCUCGGAGUCCUCUCUUCUGUCUGUCAAGCUGGGGGGCUUAUUCCUCAGAGACCUCACCACCCAGGGCACCAUCUUCCCCUUCCUUGUUUCCCCCAAACCGGACCAGGUUGUGGUUGCCAUAAACCAGCCUUUUGGCCAGCCUAGCGGUGCUGAAACAAGCAGCUCAGUCCCUAGCUCAGAGUCAUCGGCGUCCCCUGUGUUUGAGAUGAUAUACGAGCGCAACCCGGUUAGGUGUAAAUUUGAGCGGAGACUGGAGGUGAACACUAGCCCUCUGAACAUCAUCUACAACCCUCAGGCCAUUAAGAAAGUCACUGAGUUCUUCUACAAAGGAAGAGUCCACACCUCAGGUUUUGGGUACCAGUCGGAGCUGGAGGUGAGAGUGGCGGAAGCUGCCAGGAGGCAAUACAACAAGCUCAAGAUGCAGACCAAGGCAGAGAUCAGACAAACCCUCGACCAGCUACUAGUGGGAGAGUUCAUUGAGAACAGUAAGCGCUGGACUAUGAAGUUGGAUAUCUGUGCCCCCCAGGUGAUCUUCCCAGAUGACUUCCAGUCACAGGACCCCAUGUUAGUGGUGGUUGACCUGGGACGGAUUCUCCUCACUAACUCACAAGAUGACACUAAAACAAAGUCGAAGACCACUCAGCCGGAGGGGGAGGAGUAUAACAGUGAUGAAGAGUACCAGACUCCGCUGGCCACACCCCCAAAUUCUCCACCCCCUGAAAUGGAGACUGAGUUCAAAGACCAGAACAAGUACCCCCAGCUCGCAAGCCUUAAAUCCCCCGAGGGGGUCCAGGCCUUCAGCAGAAACCUCUACGAGAAGUACUCUCUGUCCUUCAAGGACCUGCAGAUCAUGGUGGGACGCUACAAAGACAACUGGAAGCACCUGCAGGAGAGCGAGGUGGGGCCCACCCACGUGGUUGAGAAGUUUAACGUGCUGCUGGAGCUGGAGCAGAGGCUGCGCUACACCUCAGACCCCCAGCUCCCUGGGGCUGUGCUUUCCGGGACCCUGCCAGAUCUUAAGGUCCACAUCAACCUGGAGAAGAUGACCGCCCUCAGGAGCUGCCUGGCCCGACUGGGCAGCCCCGCUGAGGAGGACGAGGGCCAGGAGAAAGCAGAGAACGUCAAGACACCUGACCCCUCCAGCCUGCGCCAUGAGAAGAUCUUCCAGAGGGAGGACAGCCAGUGGAAGCUCCAGGGCUCGGCCAAGAACCUUACCCAGAGCGUGAUGACACUGGAGCAGCACACGAGGGAGGUCCUGGUGGAGUCGCGCCUCCUCCUGGCUGAGUUCAACAUCAACUACAUGCAGCUGGGCGUGGAGAGCAACGGACGAUACAUCUCCGUCCUUAAGGUCUUCGGCACCAAUGCCCAUUUUGUGAAGCGGCCUUACGACGCAGAGGUGUCCCUCACCGUCCAUGGCCUGCUGCUGGUGGACACGCUACAGACCUAUGGCUCCGACUUUGACCUCCUGGUGGCCUCCCACAAGCACCUGAGCUUCGAUGUGCCUACUGGCAGCCUCCGAGAGAGCCAUCCCUCCUCCCCUGCCGGGCCCGAAGGGAUGUCGCCCGAGCACCCUGCCCUCCACCGAGACUCCUCCUCUGGGUUACUCUUCGACAGAUCCUCCCCGUUCAGCUCCUUCCUCAGAGACCAGGAGGCCCUCAUCAAACUGGAGUACCAGUUUGUCAGCUCCGACUGCCCCUCGAUGAACCUGGACAGCUCCCUCCAGGUGACCACAAUGCAGGUCAACAACCUGGACAUCAUCCUCAACCCGGAGACCAUGGUGGAGCUGCUCAAGUUCCUCCAGAAGUCUUUCCCCAAGGAGGAGAGCCCCUUGGCCCAGCAGCCAUCGCCCCUUCUGGCGGGCCAGGACCAGGAGGGUCAGGAGGAGACCUACCAGUCCACCUACGACCAGAACAAGGAGCUGACUGUGGAAAUCCACAGGUUGAACCUGCUGCUGCUGAGGACUGUGGCCACUGGCAGCGUACUGGGCGGAGAGAAGAAAGGCUUGAAGAUCGCCACGGCCAGUGUCAAUGGCACUAAGGUCAACGUGUCCAUGGGCAGCCGGCUGGAUGUCAAUGGCUCGCUGGGCUCUAUCCAGCUAGUAGACUUGACCCAGGAGGGUGGCCGGAGCCAGUUUGUGGUCAGCAUUGGCAACGUAGAAGAUGACCCCUCGGCAGCAGGAGGCGUAGCCUUCUUCUGUGGCUCUGAAGGAGCCCCCUCAGAGGCGUUGAACUUCCGACUUCUGGAGCGCUCCCAGGGGGAGUGCUCAUUAACACUGCAGAUGGCCUCGCUGCACUACAACCACUCCGCCAAGUUCCUGAAGGAGCUGAGCCUCUCGGCCAACGAGCUGGAGGACAACUUCCGCUCCAUGCUCAAGACAGCCGCCACCAAGGUGUCCACGGUGCUGGCAACCAAGACGGCCGAGUACAGCGGCAUGGUCUCCCUGUUCGAGACGCCGUCGCGGCGCUCCAGGACCCAGAGCCAGAGCAACUGGAGCAACUAUCCGUUUGAGGAUGAAGAGGAUUUGAGCGUGCAGGAGGAAGAACCCACCAUAGACUCGUUUAUGGUCAAGCUGAUCCUCAAUGUCAGCAUCGAGUCACCAGUCGUGUCCAUUCCCCGUAAACCUGGUCACCCCGAGCUCCUGGUGGGUCACCUGGGGAGUAUCACCAUCCAGAACUUUGUUGCCGGGCAGGACUCGGAAGGGGAGAGACUACAGGUGCUAGUGAAGGAUAUCCGGCUCUACUCACUCAAUACCAGUCACCUUGUGUUGAGGAAGGUAGCUAGAACUGACAGCAGUUCCUCUAACCAAUCUCCUUCUCACAACGGAAAUAUCAAUCAGGACGAGCCACAGUUUACUCGCCAUGACUUCUUUGAAUAUCUGAGUCGGGGAAAAGCCUUCCAUAUUCUGAAAGACACCACCAUUCAGUUCACCCUGGAGAAAGUUCCUCCCAUUGAUGAGGAUACCCAGUUCACCUUCCUAACCACAGACGAGCCCUAUAACAGCACAGGGUUACUUCGGGUGGAGGGCAAGUUUGUCAACGCAGUACAGGUGUUCCUGGCCAAGCCUGUGUAUGAGCAGGUUCUACAGACACUGGAUAACCUUCCCCUCACUGAGCCCCAGAGAUUGACACCUAGCCAGCCUCCCACCCCGCCGCCCCCCACCCCCUCCUCCACCAAACCCCACCGCUUCCCAGAUCCCCAGGGUGGGCUCUUUGCCCGGGACCCCCCGCUCAUCGGCCUCUCCUACGCCUCCCUGUCCAACUCGCUGUCAUCCCCCAAGCCCCUGCAAUCCCACAGUCCCCCGAUGCAGACGCUCUCCUUCACCCAGGUGAGGGCCACUUUCAGGGUGGCAGAGCUCCAGGUGCAGCUGAGUGCUGACCUCAGCCAGGGUUCCCAGGGGCUGGUCAGCCUGCGCUUCCAGGACCUGGAGGGAGACUUUACCAAAGACCACCCCAACUGCCUGUCUGUCCAGCUCACGUUGCGCUCCCUCCUCAUGGAGGACCUCCUGGAGCAGAACCCCGAGUCCAAGUACAAGCACCUAAUGGUUUCCAGGGGUGCUCCCAAGCCCUCCACAUUCAGCCCCAAGGAAUACCUGUCCCAGUCGUGCCCAUCGGCCUCCAACGCCCUCUACCCUGAGAUGCCCCGCUCGCUGCCUGCCCACAUGGAGGAGGCCCAGAACGUCUUCCAGCUGUACCAGAGACACCCCAGCACCCCGUCGGCCGCCAGCCGUAAGAGCGGACCCAAGAAGGACCCUGCCUGCCCCAGCACCCCACCGCCCUCCCCCACCCGCAAUACCCCUUCGCCCCACCCUCCGCCCUCCGACUUUGACGAGUCUCUUGUUCACAUCAACUUGCUGCUGGUGGACCCGCGCCACCCAGAGUUCCAGAGCCGAUACGGUGGCGUGGGGCGGAGCAUCGACGUGGACUUCAACUGUCUGGAUGUGCUGAUCACGCUGCAAACAUGGGUGGUCAUCCUGGACUUCUUCGGGAUCGGCUCCACGGCCAACAACCACGCAGUCAAGGUGCCCUUCCCCCAGCAGCCUAUGCCGGGACAUCCUCUGUUCCAGCCUGGGAACCCACACAAGCAGGGGGACAUGUACCCAGACCUCAGCCAGGAGGAAGUUGCUGAGGUGGUCAACACUAAACUGGAUCUCAAGGUCCAUGCGCUUGCUCUUGUGCUAAACAAGAAAACCAAUGAGCUUGCUAAAGCUAGCGUCUCCAAACUGUCUGCCCACUGGGAAAUGAUUGAUGGCGACCUAGCAUUGCAGGGUAGUCUUGGAAGCCUGUCUCUGAGUGACCUGACCCCACAUGGUGACCUCUACAGGGAGCGCUUCACCACGCGAGGCGGAGAGGCCCUUGUCUUCAACAUACACAAAUACGGGGAUCCUGACCCCUGGCUUGAGCGGGAGUGUGACAUGAAGGUGUCUCUGCAGAUGGCCUCAGUGCAGUAUGUCCACACGCAGCGCUUCCAGGCCGAGGUUGUGGCCUUCAUUCAGCACUUUACUCAGCUGCAGGAUGUCCUGGGCAGGCAGAGAGCCGCAAUGGAGGGCCAGGCUGUUCGUGAGCGACCUCAGCGGGCGUCCCGUGUGCUGCUGGACAUCGAGGCGGGCGCCCCUCUGCUCAUCCCAGAGAGCUCGCGCUCGCCACGCCUCAUUGUUGCCAACCUGGGCCAGCUGCGCGUCCAUAACUCUUUCCUGCCUGCUGGCACCCAUGGUACCUUCUCACUCAGAGACAAGGAUCGCGUGAGGGACAGCCAGUCACAGACUGGACCAGCAACGAUUAGUGAGGAGGAGUCACCUGAGAAGCCCAAAACCUCCUCUAGCAGCACCUCCACCCCCGCAUCCUUUGGUUUCACCCUGGGAAGGCCCCAGGCCCAGCCCGCUGCUGGGAGGAUCCCUGGCGAGGAUGACCCACCCUUCAUCCUGGAGGAUCAUGUGUGUCUGCUGGACUGCAUAGCCUUGGACCUUCAGGAGAUGGACAUCUUUGCUGCGGAGCGUCUACCCUGCCAGCCUUGGGACAGCGCCGCAGGGAAGCAGCCUGACUCAGACCUGGUCUUCCCCUCCUACUCGGUCCGCCGCACCGCCGCAUCUCUGCUCAAGGAGCGCUGCCACCUCAAACUCAAAGUGGAGCGCAACCUGGACAGUGCGCUGAGCCAUACGGUACCAGACAUGUCCAUCCACGGCAGCCUGUCCUCGGUACACUGCUCCCUGGACCUGGAGCGCUACCAGCUGAUCCGAGGCCUGCUGGACAACAACCUAGGAGAGCCUGUUGAGGAGUUCCUCCGCCCGUACAACCUGCAGGACCCCAGCAACUAUACGGUGUUGAGUGGUGAUGUGUACACCAGCCUGUCCGUCCUGGUGGACAUGAUGAACGUCAGCCUGGAGUUGCUGGACAGCCCCAACGCCACGGGACAGAAACCAUGCUCACUAGCCAGGUUUGAUUUCAUGAAGUCUAAGCUGUUGUUUGAGAGUUUCUCCAACGGCUCCAAGUCGGUGAAUCUGGUGUCUCACUCCCUCUUGGCAUAUGACACCCGUUACACCGGGCCUGGCAUGGACGUAGGCAGCAGUGGCAGGGGCAAGCACAAUGUUUUCGACUGCAUCCUGCAGCCCUCCAAGACGGGCACCAACCGGGCCACACUCCAGCUGGAGCUGCAUUACAGGUCCACAAGAGACUCGUCCUGUUUCACCAUUGUCCUCAACAACCUGCGUGUUUUCCUCAUCUUUGAUUGGCUCCAGCUGGUUCGGGACUUCCUGCGCAUGCCCACUGAGAAGGGGGCAGAUGGUGCGCCUCGCCAGCGCUGGCCCAGCGGCAGCAGUGACACAGAGACCACAGGUGCCGUCAUGCCCAAGACAGUCAAGAGCGGCGUGGUCACCAAGAGGUCCACUGUGCCCGUCAUGCAGGAUCGGUACCUGGAAGUCAAGAUCAACGUGACAGGUACUGAGUUUGUGGUGGUUGAGGACUCGUCUUGUCUGGACACCAAUGCCGUCAUUCUGAAGGGCACUACUGUACUCACCUACAAACCCCGUCUGCUGGACAGGCCAUUCUCUGGCAGCCUGGCCGGCAUUGAGGUGUUCUCCUGUCGGCUUGGCAGUGAGCAGGAGACAGCCCUGUCCAUCAUCGACCCUGUCAACGUGCAGGUGGAGCUGUGUGGCAGUCCCACCUACCAGAGCAGCUCUGGCCUGCUAGACGCCUUCAACAUGGCAGACUUUCCGCCUUUACUGGAGAUCCAGUUCCCUGCUUUGGACAUCCGGCUUUCUUACAACGACGUUCAGCUCUUCUUGGCUAUCGCCAAAUCUAUCCCCACCGCCGGCUCUCCCGGGCCCAGCGACACUGCCGAAGGCACCCAGACCCUUGUAGUACCAUCCACAGCCAACCAGGACCCCUCCAGCUCCCAGAAAGACAACUUCAGGCACAAGACCAAAGCCCUACUAGAGGGCCAGCUGACUCGCCUACAGGAUCUAGGCUUUAGGAAGGAGGACUGCAAACGAGCCCUGAUCCAGAGCAAAGGCCAACUGGACCAGGCUGCCACAUGGCUGCUGGAGAAUGCAGAGACCAUGGUGGGUCAGGCCCGGGGCAGAGCAGACCCGGACUCGGCCAGCCACUCGUCGCACCCUUUGUCCGGGGUGGAGAUCAAGGCGGAGAGCGUGUGUAUCUGCUUCAUCGACGACUGUCUCGACUGUGAUGUCCCGCUGGCCGAGUUCACUUUCUCACGGCUGUAUGUGCUGCAGCGGAUUGGCUCGACCCAGGAGGGCAACGGCAGCUUCACUUUGUCAGGGGACUACUACAACAGAGAACUGUCAGGUUGGGAGCCCUUCAUCGAGCCCUGGCCCUGUUUCCUGACUUGGCAGCAGCAGGCUGCAGGGCGCCUCCACCCACCACGCCUCAAGAUGGGCAUCCGUGCCAAGCAGAGACUGGAUGUCAACAUCACCUCUGUCCUCCUGGAGCAGUACAGCCUCACCAAGAGCUCCUGGCUGGCUGACUACUGCAAGGAAGAGGAGCAGCAGCCUCCCCAGGCAUCGGCAGCCCUAUCCUGGAUGGGUUCCUCAGUGGACCCCCCCUGUUUCGGACAGACCGACGUGAAGCUGUCCAAGCGGAGGCAGCCGUUUGUACCCUAUGCCCUGCGCAAUCAUACGGGAUGUACCAUGUGGUUCGCCACCCUCACCACCACCCCUACCAGGGUGGCGCUGUCUCACAGUGGCAGUGCGGACUCUAUAUCCCACGUGCACGGCCCAGGCACAGAUGACACCCACAAUGUCAGCCAGUGGCGAGAGGUGCUGCCCGGAGAGGAGAUUCCCUUUGAAUUUGAAGCUCGAGAGAAACUCAGGCAUAGACACACUCAUGAGCUGAAGCUACAUCAGCUGUUGGUGCGUGUGGGGGGCUGGGAGCAGGUCAAACCCGUGUCCGUGGACAAAGUGGGUGUGUUCUUCCGCUACGCCGCCCCCGACCGCAACAAUCCCUCUAACACGGUGGGCAGCCCUGUCAGCAGGACCAACAUCAUACACCCUCAUGUCUAUUUCUCAGCUCUGCCGCCGGUGCGCGUGGUCUUCUCUAUCACCAUGGAGGGUAGUGCCCGGAAGGUGAUCACAGUCCGUUCAGCCCUCAUGGUCAAGAACCGCCUGGAAGUCCCCAUGGAGGUGCGGCUGGACAGCCCCUCAGCACCAGACAAGCCUGUGGUGCUACCGCCCAUCCUGCCCGGCGAGGCCCUGGCGGUGCCCCUCCACCUGACGUCGUGGCGGUUGCAGGCGCGGCCCAAAGGCCUGGGCCUGUUCUUCUGCAAGGUGCCCAUCCAUUGGACCAGCGUGGAGAGACCCGGCGAGGUCAAGAGCAGCAAGAGGGAGUGCCAGUCAGCCGACUUUGAGGACCACCUCAAACGGAGCUUCAGGUUCUGCGUGGUGAUCAAGAAAGAGAACUACCCGGACCAGCAACCUGCCAAGACCGUAUCAGGUUCCGGCAGCUCCAAGCAGAUCUACUGGCAGCCAGGCCACACCAUCUACCUGCUGCCCACGCUGGUGCUGGCCAACCUGCUGCCCUGCGACCUCAACUACUACAUCAAGGGCACAUCCAUCAAGGGCUCCCUGAAGCCGGGCAAGGAGGCUGUGCUGCAUGCUGCAGACACCUCCCAGAACAUGGAGCUAGGGGUGCUACUAGAGAACUUCUCUGUGUGUAAGGAGCUGCUGAUUCCCCCUGGUACCCAGAACUAUGUGGUGCGCAUGCGGCUGUAUGAUGCCAACAAGCGCCUGCUCUGUCUCACCAUACGCAUCAUCCUGCGGGCACAGGGGGCGCUCAAGAUCCUCAUCUCAGCACCCUACUGGCUCAUCAACAAGACCGGUCUGCCGUUGAUCUUCCGUCAGGACAAUGGGAAGACGGAUGCAGGCGGUCAGUUUGAGGAGCACGAGUUAGCCAGGAGUCUCAGCCCCUUGCUCUUCUGUUACACUGACAAGGAGCAGCCAGCCAUGUGCACUAUGCGGAUAGGGAAAGGGAUCCAUCCGGACGGGGUUCCCGGUUGGUGCCAGGGCUUUUCCCUGGAUGGUGGGAGUGGAGUGAGGGCGGUGAAGGUCAUCCAGCAUGGGAAUAGACCUGGACUCAUCUACAACAUAGGCAUCAACGUUCGUAAAGGCAAGGGCCGCUACAGAGACACCCACAUCGUGACCUUUGCCCCUCGGUACCUGCUGGACAACCGCUCCACCCACAAACUGGCCUUCUCCCAGAGGGAGUUUGCCAGGGGCAAGGGAACGGUGAACCCAGAGGGCUACAUCUCCACCCUGCCGGGUUCCAGUGUGGUCUUCCACUGGCCCAGGAAUGACUAUGACCAGCUUCUGUGUGUGCGCCUCAUGGACACCCAAAACUGCACCUGGUCCGGAGGCUUCGAGGUCAACAAGCCCAAGUCCUUCCAUGUCAACAUGAGAGACACACUGGGCAACUGUUUCUUCCUGCGAGCUGAGAUCACACUGAAGGGAGCCACCUAUCAGAUCUGCUUCAGCGACACCGACCAACUACCACCGCCGUUCCGCAUCGACAACAUCUCAGAGGUGCCCAUCCAGUUCUGGCAGCACGGAGUGGCAGACAUCCGGCUUCACACGGAGGUGAAGGCGGGAUCAGUGCUGGACUUUGCUUGUGACGAGCCCACCCUGCCCCCCUACCUCACCCUCAUCGUGAAGGGUGCCGGCUCGUCCGAGGUCACCGCUGAUAUGAACUUCUUCCGGGAAUACAACAAACUCUACUACGAGAACUUCAUCUACAUCGCUGCCACAUACACUUUUUCUCAGGAUGCAGGGAAGAGGCCGGUGGGGAAAAAACGGGUGGUGGCAGGUGCUGAACUGGUGCUGGAUGUGGAGACCAAGACCCAGAGAGUCGUCCUCAAGAAAAAGGAGCCGGGGAAGCGUUCCCAGCUGUGGCGGAUGACGGGAACAGGAAUGCUAUGUCACGAAGGCUCCUCCCCUCCACAGAGCAAGCCUGCUCAGCCACGCCCCCUGGACUCCUCCCUGGUGCUGGACAUCGCGGGGUUGGCAGCAGUCACCGACAAUCACUAUGAGCCCUUGAUGCUGAGGAGGCCAGACCCGCGGCGCAGCACCACCCAGACUUGGCACUUCUCAUCAGGCAUGCUGACCUGUGGCCUGCCCCGGCUGGUGGUACAGGCGAACGGUGGUGUGGAGGGGCUGUUUGACGGGGCAGAGGUGGUGCUGGGGCCGGCUGCAGGCCUGCUGGAGCUGGGCCCAGAGCAGCAGUUCAUCAACCAGAAGAUGAGGCCUGGCUCUGGGGUGCUGUCUGUCCAAGUUCUGCCGGAUGGACCCACACGAGUGCUGCAGAUCAGUGACUUCAACCAGCGGCGAAUGAACCGGACGUCCCCGAGCACAGAGGAGGACCAGAACAAAGACAACAUUCAGAAGAAGAAGCCAGAACAGGAACUGGAGGUGUUGGUGAACUUGGAGGAAGGCGUGGGUCUCUCCCUGGUUAACAAGCUGCCAGAGGAGCUGGUGUUCACUACAUUGUCGGGUAUAGACAUCCACUUCACUCGCACCGCUGCCAACGAGGUGCUGGAGCUGAGCAUCCAGAACAUCCAGGUGGAUAAUCAGCUCCUGGGCACCACUCAGCCGGUGAUGCUGUGUGUUUCCCCAGGCUCCAGUAGUGAGAGCAGCAUCGUGGACACUGGCGCCGCCCUGCAGAUCAACUCUGUUAAGGUCCCCAGCAACCUCGUUCUCACCGACCUCUUCAAGCAUCUCAUGGUGACAGCGAGGCGCUUCACUGUCAUCAUGGAGGAGAAACUCCUGCUGAAGCUGCUCAGCUUCUUUGGUUACGGCCACACAGAGGCAGAACUGGAGAGGUUGGAUGAGAGUCUAUAUGAGAAGGCCAGUGAUGACCAGGGAGCUCCCAAGCGCUACUACUUUGAGAACCUGAAGAUCAGCCUCCCUCAGGUCAAGCUGAGUGUGUUCACCUCUCACAAGCUCCCGCCUGACCUCAAGGCCCUCAAGGGAACCCUGGGUAUCCCGCUGAUACGGUUCGAGGAUGCAGUGAUCAACAUGUACCCCUUCACCCGGGUCCACCCUUACGAGACGCAGGAGAUCAUCAUCAACGACAUCCUCAAGCACUUCAGAGAGGAGCUGAUUAGCCAGGCGGCUCAGAUACUCGGCUCGGUGGACUUCCUGGGGAACCCCAUGGGACUGCUCAAUGAUGUCACCGAGGGCGUCUCUGAGCUUAUCAAGUACGGCAAUGUAGGCGGGCUCAUCCGCAACGUCACACACGGAGUGUCCAACUCUGCCGCCAAGUUUGCAGGGACUUUGUCGGACGGGUUGGGCAAGACCAUGGACAAUCGACAUCAGAAUGAAAGAGAGUACAUCCGUUACCAUGGUGCCACCAGCGGAGAGCAUCUGGUGGCUGGGAUUCAUGGAUUGGCUCAUGGUAUCAUCGGAGGGUUGACCAGCGUCAUCACUUCCACAGUGGAGGGGGUGAAGACUGAGGGAGGAGUCAGCGGCUUCUUCUCUGGCCUGGGGAAAGGUCUGGUUGGUACGGUGACCAAGCCGGUGGCCGGUGCACUGGACUUUGCCUCUGAGACAGCACAGACGGUCCGAGACAUGGCCAGCCUCAGUAACCACAGGUUGAGUGUGCUGCGGGUGAGGAAGCCACGAUGCUGUAAGGGACCCCAGGGCCUGCUGCCCCGCUUCUCCUCCACCCAGGCCGACGGACAGGAGCAGCUCUUCCACCUCACUGACAGCAUCCACUCUGAGUUUUUCAUUGCUGUGGAGCCCAUAGACACCUACUGCGUGCUCAUAUCUUCCAAAGUGGUCUACUUCCUCAAGCCUGGUGAAUUUGUCGACCGCGAGGCCAUUUUCCUGGAGGUCAAGUAUGAUGACCUGUACCACUGCCUGGUCUCAAAGGACCAUGGGAAGGUGUAUGUGCAGCUCACCAAGAAGGCAGAGAGCACCAGCAGUGGUGUAGCCAUGCCAGGCCCUUCCCACCAGAAACCUAUGGUUCAUGUGAAGAGUGAGAAUCUUGCUGUAAAAAUCUCUCAAGAAAUCAACUAUGCCAAGAGCCUUUACUACGAGCAGCAGCUCAUGCUGCCGCCCAAUGAGACUGAAGACUGCAUACUAUUGGACUCAUAACUGACCCCUGGAAAGGGUGGCACAUACACAUGUUCUUCCUGUUUCUUCCCACUGAAAGUAGUCGUCUUUAAUAUGUUGCGAUAGUGUCAGAAGAUAUGAUCCACAAUCACUAGAUAAUUUCUCCUAUGUCUCUCUAAGGACGGAAUGCCCUAUCCUGGUCCUGGAUGGCAACAGCCUGCUAAUUUUCCACCGCCCUGAUAUGAAGAAAACUAGGCCAGUGUAAAGUGAACAGGCUUGUUGGACUGACCAUCUAUAUGGGUAUAAGGGCUUAGGGUCUGGCUGCAGUUGCGUGAAGUGAAGCCCAUUUCGGGUCAGGAUCGGCCCCCACUGCACUUAGUUUAGUAGCGCAACAUAGUUUAGACUUAGAAGGUCCAACAUCCCUAGAUGCACACGGUUUAAACAAUGAAAGAAAAUAUGCCAACAGCUGUUUUAUCGACUUCUGUAUAUUUAGAACACAAUACGAUGACACAGAUGUUUUAUUUUACAAAAAUGUUUAUAAGAUAGGACCGGUAUAUGUCAGUAGAUGUACACACAUGCGAGUAGUGUUAUAUUAUGUUUGUGUAUAGACACCUAUGUACAUAUAUAGCUACAUACCAAUAUAACACUAUAGCUAUGUACAUAACCAAGUUGGACAAUAUAAUAAUUAUUUGGGUUGAUAUGAAGUGAAAUGCUGUACAAAACUGCCUUUAAAAUGUCUUUAUUUUGUGUAUAAAAGUAUUUUGGGGUUGAAUUCAUUGCACUGACACUUAGUUUGGACACACUGGCUACUCUUGCCCUCCACCUGGGCCACACCCCCACACAGGGAAGGCAGUCGGGGGAGCUGCCACUCAAGUCCCUAGCCUUUUACAAUCAUGGCCCUCUGUCUGGUUUCGGUCACCGUUUUAUUUACUGACUUUUUUUACCAGUGUCCUUUUUAACCGAUUUCUUCUGAGAGCUCUAGGUUUUGGAAUGUGUUCCUUGAACAUUGAGUUUCUAUCUACUGUGAUCAGACCAGGGGCCUUAGUUACACCCAACGCUUGUGAAAGGUGGAGGACAUGAGCUUUAACCUGUGCAGGAGGAAAGAGAGUGAAUUGAUGACACUGCUUAUAAUAAAGCACCACAACUGCAGUACUCAAUA